CGCUUGCUUUCAGCGUCCGUCAGUAAUAUGGCGCCCCUACUGGUUAGAGGUGAAGCAGUUCCGCUCGAAAUAUAUAAUUUAGUUACCAACGCAAACAUUAAGAAAAUAAGGGUUAAAACACUAACUUUCAUCCACAAUGAUUAUUUUUUCCUAAUUAAUCUAUUUCCAUGUGAAACACUCCUCAAUUAUCUAUUAACACCUAGACAGAUAGGCUAUUAGUUUCUGUGCAUGAUAAACACAUUUUUAUUAAUUCAUAUAGGUGUUUUUAAUUACACUUGAUGAUUCUAAACCUCUAGUCAAGAUGAAGUUAGAGGUAAAGAUGCCUUGGGAAUUAUGAAACCAAGCAUUAUGAGCUAAUAACUACCCUAAGCAACUAAAGUAAAAACACAGAUACAGGUCAGAGUAGGUUUUUAUCUUGAAUACAGUGUACAUACAUAGACAUCUAAAUUAAUUUAAUCAGUUAAAUAGGAGAAGUAUGUUAUUAUUUUUUGAAAAGCCUGAUUAAAAGUUUUAUUGCACAAUUUAAAAAUGUCUCCAGCUGUUCAAAAGAAGCAGUUUUGUUGAAAAAAAAAGUUUUAAGUUGUGAUAUUGUGAUAAGUACUAUUUGGGUGAAUCAAACCUUUAAAAGCUUAGGUAGGACAUGAAGUAUACUUCGUGUGGAAUACUCGGUGUGAUAAAGUGCAGCCUGUAUCUGCAGACAAAUUUACUGGAUCCAAAAUGAAAGUGGAAUACUUCUUGAAUAAGCCUUUUAAAUUCUAAGUAUAUUUUGUGUGACAACAUUCUUUAAAACCAUAAACUGUGCAUUUAAACUGUAAGUAUUGCACUAUAGUGAUCAUCUAAUUUGGUAGCUGUCUAUAAAAAAUGCUCUAAAGGUGCAGCCAUAGAAGAAGUGUGCAGCCCUGAGAGUGCAGCCUUCAGCUCUGUAGUCUCACCCUUCUGGUCUCCAGGCUGCUUGUAGUAACCUUUAACAGCCACCUGAUGGCCUUGUAAAUUCAUCUCAGGGACUCAAGUCUGUGGUGGCAACCAUGCACAUACUAUGUGGCAACAGCUCAAAACCUGCCAUCAGGAGUGUGGUGGUGUGGUUGGCGGAUGGCUGUUGAUAUUCACAUUUUACAUAAUCUUUCUGAUCAUCCUGACAAACAUUACUGGAUCUGACAGAAACAUUUGGAUAUUUUCUAUGGAUGCACAUUUCAAACUUCUUCAGAGGGACUAUACAAGGUCUGCGCACCUUUAUCAUUUUCUCACUUGCUGCUUGGACUUCAAGUUGACCUGUUGGAAAACCAAAGUAUGAAAUAUCCAUAUAAGACCAUUUAAAUUUGUUCUUGAGUGACCUUUGGUGUUGUAAAUUAUCACUAGUUCAUUAGUUUGAGGUAAAAUGGCAUUAUCACCCACCUACCUAAUGCACAUUGUCAAUAACCCUGCAUUUAUUAUUAACUGUAUUUAUUCUUUAUCAUCAGAAUCUGCACAACUGACAUUAAGCAUUUUGUUUGCUUUCAUUCAUACUCCUUUACACAUAUCUGUGACUGUACAUAUAUAAUCACUUGUUUACCUUUCUUUAACCUGUUAACCUUGUUUAAAUACAUGUUUUAUGGUCAGUUUCUUUGCAUGUGUACACACACGGCCAGCAAAACUAAUUCUGUAUCUGAAAGUUGAUUAAAAAUAAAAUAGACAUACAGAAUGCAUUAAACUAAAAACAGCUUGUAUGAAGUUCCUUUAUGAAGGUGCCCAGGUGUGGCUCAUCAGCUGACGACCCUCAGCUCAAGCAAGGCAGGAACACCUGUCCACGUGGAGGGUCAUCACAGGUUCAACAAGACACUGAGGUCAAAGUCAACAGCAUAUCCUCAUGCUUUAAAUGAACUGAACCAAUUAGUAGCCAGAAUAUAUGGACUCUGUUUUAAAAGGGUUCCCAGAUAAAAUAAAAUUAGACUAGCCUUUAUUUAGUGCACAGCGGGGAAAUUUGCAGUGCUACAGCAGCAAAGUGGAUGGUGCAAAAAAGAAGGGACCUCAGUCAAAAAGUAAAAAUUAAAAACGAAAUAGACAUAAUUGCUCUUGAUGUUGUACAGAUUCUUCUCUAUAUAGAAACUCCUCCGUGAGUACAAAAAACUGAUAUUGCAUUCUUGCAUAUGUUGAAAAAACAAUAUAGUACAGGAACCAGGACCAGUUCUGCACUAAAACUUAGCUGGGGUCAAUACAUUAGACAGCUGUAAAAAGAAAGAAAAAAUAAAGAAAUGCUACAGAUGCCAAAUUAUUGGGAUUUUCAGUGCUUGACUUAAAACACGUUUCCCAUGAUGCAACUUCACAUAAUGUUUUAUUGGCUUUUUCCUGGCCACAAAGCAAACAUUAGUAGAAUUUCGGUUAAGUUUAUGGGUUUACAUCAUAUACUGUAUGGUUUACAAGCAGCCAUAUUUCCAAAUAUGGCUGCUGUCCUCUGUGUCCCCCACCGUCAAUCUUCCGCUGCUGACUAAUCUCUCGUCACAGUCUCCGGUUCUCCCAUAGUCCUGCUGUUGCUACUGAAGUUACCAUUAGCAACUGGGCAGCGCCCGGCUCUACACCUAACGCUCCGCUGAUGUCGUCCUGCCAAAUACAGUAGGUUUUACAGACAGCAGAUCGAGCUUUGACAAACAAGUGGACUGUUUGCUGUUGAGAUGCCGGUGAGGCAGGCCAUGGUUCACACAUAAGUUCACAGUGAGCGGCGCUGUCAUGCUGCCAGGAGUCGGUGUGUUUGGCACCGGGAGCACAGCCCGAGUGCUGGUCCCUUUGUUGAAAGCUGAAGGCUUUGAGGUUCAUGCACUUUGGGGGCGAAGCGAGGAGGAAGCGUGCUGCUUGGCAAAGGAGCUUGGCAUCCCGUUUCACACCAGCCAAUCAGAUGACGUCCUGCUGCACCAAGAUGUUGAUUUGGUUUGCAUUUAUAUUCCACCCUCAAUGACAAGGCAGAUUGCAGUCAAGGCACUGGGCAUAGGUAAGAAUGUUGUGUGUGAGAAAGCUGCAACUGCUGUGGAUUCAUUCAAGAUGGUGACGGCAGCCAGAUACUACCCACAGCUGCUCAGCGUUAUGGGUAAUACCCUGCGCUUCCUGCCAGCUUUUGUCACAAUGCGGCAGAAGCUGGUGGAGGGAUAUGUGGGCGAACUGCAGGUGUGUGAUGUCCGGGUGUACGGCCCGAGCCUCCUGGACCAGUCGUAUGGCUGGACCUGUGAGGAGCUGAUGGGAGGAGGCGGCCUGCACACCGUCGGCUCUGCCAUCAUCGACCUUUUAAGUUACCUGACGGGCGCUCGAGCCCACCGGGUGCACGGUUUACUGCGGACCUUUGUGCAACAAAAUGGUUUGAUUCGUGGCAUCCGCCGUGUCACCAGCGAUGACUUUUGUUUCUUCCAGAUGUUGAUGGGUGGGACCGGCUCUGGCAGCGUGUGUUGCACUGUGACCCUGAACUUCAACAUGCCGGGGUCGUUUGUGCACGAAGUUAUGGUAGUUGGAUCCACUGGGAGGCUGGUCGCCAGGGGGACAGAACUGUACGGUCAGCGCAACGGGAGUAAAGGUGAGGAGCUGUUGCUCGACGACAGCGGGUGGGUGGGACCGGAGGUGAAAGAGAUGCCUCUGCCUCACCUGCGGGGGCUGAGCUCCAUGGUGAAGGCACUAAGACAGUCUUUUCAGGCUCAUGAGGAGCGCCGGUCAUGGGCGCGAGGACCAGUUGCCAUGGCGCCAACUUUUGAGGACGGUCUGUACGUGCAGACGGUGGUAGAGGCGGUGAAGCGGUCCAGCUGUAGUGGAGAAUGGGAAUGUGUUGAGAUCAUGAGUCAGGAGCCAGAUCCAAACCACAACCUGUGUGAGGCUCUUCAGCGAAACAAGAACUAAUUUAUUCACUGGGCAUACCUGCUACCUGUCUGACAGAACCAGUCUGACUGUUUCUCCUCUAAAUGAGCUGCUUCAGCAGUUUACAUCAUACACGACUACUUUACAUGUUCACGUUCUGUCACGGUUUGAACAGAAUGUUGUGUUUUCAGAGAAUGUAGCUACGUUGUGGCUGCUUGUAACCAUCACAGUUGUGAUUUGUUUUACACUAAAUUUUAAACCACAGCUCCAUCAUUCUGAUUGCUACCAGAAAAUAUUAGAAGGCUUGUAAAUGUGUCAAAAUCUACCUGUGCCCCACUGACUGACACUGGUGCCAAAAGUAAAUGCUAGCUUCUUUCUCUUGCUUGAAGUCAUGAUUGCAGAUUUCCUUCUGAAUAAGGUCGAUAUACGUCAACUGUCAGUAACGCACCACACCUGCUUCAGAUAUUAGCCAGAAGCAAAAUUAGCUGAAAACAUGGGUGAUGCUGGACUACAGCCUUUUUUUCACUUUGCAUUUGUUUUAACAGAAACAUGUCCAUUAUCUUUCUAGUUGGCCAAGAACACCCCUUUUUUCUGAAAUUAUUUGAAUGUAUCAAAUCAGUUCCCUAGUUAUUUCUGCGAUAAAAUAAAUUGCUGAUUGAAUAUUAGCACUGUCAAUCCAACAUUUGGGCCCAUUGGUUAGUUUAGGAUUGUGACCAGUUUCCGAGGGUUUUGUACGACAGCAACACAACACUUGGUUCCAGGACAAUUUGUUUUUAGCUGUUAAUACCUGAAAGAUAUAGUCUGAGACAAUAUGCAAAUCUCUGUUGCACAAAAAAUGUAAUUUGUUUAAAUGAAAAUAUAUUGUUGUUUAUACACACCAGUACCAUCUUUUGUAACGAACAAGAGUGUUUUCUGCAGGCAUUAAUGUCAAUAUGAAAGCAUGGGGAUGAUUUGACUAACAAAAUAGUUGUCAUGACUCUGGUAGAGCUCAGAUGAUUCCCUACUAGAGCUACACCAGUUCAGAAUGAGAAUAAUGGAGCUGUGUAUGGUUUACUUUGUGUUUAGUUUUGGACUGUGCUAUAAUAAGCCUAAAUUUAGAUAGUUUGAAGGAUUGCGAGAGAGGCUUGUAGGUUUUUAUGUUCCAGCAUGCUGUGACAUUAAUAUACCAGGGAUUGACUAAAAUAAGCUAUGUAGAAACUAGAAAAAUAAAAGUCUAAUUUGUAGCAUCACCCCUCAAAAUGCCCAGUUCUUUAUUUUAGAUGUUUCUAUUGAGUAUCACUCUGCUGUAAGCUAGAAAAGAGGCUGUUAAAAGAUUGUAGUUUCUUGCUUCACAGACACAGCAGCUACAACUUGUCUUCUGGAAAGGGGGAAAAAAGUAUCCAAACCCCUCAAACUACUGCAUCUUUCAAGUGUUUUCAGUCACAGUUUCAUCCAAAUCUACUACUUCCAAAUAAAUGCACUUGUCCAAGAACUCAUCACUGCAAAUAAAGUGGUAGUAUUUUAGGUAAGUGUUUUCUAGAUAUGUUUGAUUUCUGUUUUCUACUGUAAAUCUAAGGCUGGAGACCAGCUUUUAACAGCCACCUGCCAGGCUUACACAGGGUGAACAUAUGAUCCUACAAAGGAGAGAUUUUAGGUAAACGGCAGAAACACACUUGUCUACGAAAUGCCAGAUUGAUGCCCUUUUAUUGAUGAACUGACAGACUUUUACAUAGAAAACCUGAGGGUGCUUGACAACAGUUUAACAUGCAUAUAAAUGGUUUGUUUACAUUUGUUAAGCAGUGAAGUAAUUUUAUGUUUUUCCAAGAUUUGUGUCUAAAAAUGUUAUUACAUCCACCAUUUAACACCUUUCACUCUGAAACUGUACUGAUCUUUUCAUGAGUAAAAUCACUGGAUUUGACGUGCGUGAGAGUAUAAAUGGGCCUCUCUGAGCUCAGACCAAGAGAAGCGACGGUUUACAGUUGUUCUAGUCACUCACUGCAUCUCACUUCUGAUGAAGGAAUAUCAGUCUUCACUGUUUGUACCGCUGAGACAGGAUGUAUUGUUUAGUCUGGUCGCUUCUUCGACCCGUAAAGGAUCUGCAGAUGUGGAAACAAACACAGUACAUGCUUACCUCACGCUAUCCCAACAGUGCUUUACAAAAACAACUAACUGACUUUAAGUGUCUUUAUAAAACGCAUCACAUUCGCCUGCAGAACCCGUCGAUAUUAAAAUGCAUUCCAACUGAGUCUUCACCUUCCUGUCAACAGUUGUUUAUUGUUUUCGUUUGUUCUUUGCACUGAAACUAAUUAGAUGCCACAUAUUUAAAAUGCAGUGUAACGCUUGUAACAGCCAGCUCACUGCAAAGAUGAAUUUAACAUGUAUGAGGAAGACUAUUUAUUUAUGAGUUGGUGUGCAGAAAGUUUGCCAUCGAUUGUUCUGUCCAGUGUUUGUGUUUUCAGCCUGUGAAUUUCUGUAUAAAACUGUAAUAUUUAUCUUUUUGUUGUUGCUUUUUUUUUUUUUUAGAUUUCGAGUCAUUUUAACUGAUAAUACGACUUUUUGGGCACUAAUGUGUUGCUUUAAAGUUGGGAAACUGUGCUGUUCAUCUACCUGACAGUUAAUUCCUUUAAUAAAUAAGCUGUAUUCAUUUCA